AUGUCAAUGUAUGCGUUGGUGUUUGGGAAGGCUUGUCAUCUACCAUUGGAAUUAGAGCAUAAGGCGCUGUGGGGUGUGAAGAAGCUUAACUUUGAUCUGAAGGCUGUAAGGGAAGAGGGAAAACUUCAGUUACUCGAGCUAGACGAAUGGAGACUACAGGUGUAUGAAAAUGCCAAAAUUUACAAAGAACGCAUGAAGUGUUGGCAUGACAAGCGUCUAUGUGAAAAGAAUCUCCAAGCAAGUCAGAAGGUCUCACUAUUCAAUUCUAAGCUACGACUCUUUCCAGGAAAAUUGAAAUCGCGUUGGUCCGGACCAUUCAAAUUAAGAAAGUAUUACUACAUUGAGAGAUAG